AUGUUACUAGCUACGUGGUUAAUAUCAGAUAUUUUGGCUAUAUCAGGUCUUAUAAUUGCGGGAUUUUAUAUAUAUUAUAAAUUUUACAUCUCUAAAUUUUGGCAAAAAAGAGGAAUAUUUUAUCUCGAGCCUACUUUUCCCACUGGGAAUAUAAUGCCAUUUAUAACCGGUAAAAUGUCACAAGCCGAGUUUUUCAGAGACAUUUAUGAACAAUAUAAACAUCAUCCUCUUAUUGGCAUAUAUAUGCUUCAUAAACCAUUUUUGAUUGUGAAUAAUCCUGAUUUAAUCCGAGAUGUACUGGCAAAAGAAUUUGCAAGUUUUCACGAUCGUGGAUUAUUCUGUAACGAAGAAAUUGAUCCACUAUCUGGACAUCUAUUUCAAUUACCUGGGAAAAAGUGGAGGAAUUUAAGAGUGAAAUUGACACCGACUUUUACUUCAGGAAAGAUUAAACAAAUCUUUCCAAUUAUGAAAGAAUCCGGAAAUACAUUGUCGGCAUAUCUAGCAGAAAAGGCACAGACAAAAUCAGCUGUUGACGUAAAAGAUGUAUUUGCAAAAUAUUCCGUCGAUAUUAUUAUGUCAGCGGCAUUUGGGAUAUCGUGCAACAGCUUUAAAAACCCAGACAAUGAAUUUCGUUACUGGGGGAAAAAAGUAUUUGAUCCGAAACCUUUGUGGAAUGCCCUUGUUAUAUGGGCUCCACAAAUCUUUAAUCUUUUUUCGAUGCCAUAUACUGAAAGAGGUAUUACAAACUUUUUCAUGAAAACAUUCAAAGAAACUGUAGAAUAUAGAGAAGCAAAUAAUGUCGAAAGGAAAGAUUUUUUGAAUUUAUUGAUGCAAUUAAUGAGGAAUGGAUAUGUGGAAGUGGAUGAUAGUUCAAAUAUCUCAAAUGUUGCAAAAAAUAAAUUAACGAUGACGGAAGCUGCGGCACAAGCUUAUGUUUUUUAUUUAGCUGGUUUUGAGACAUCCUCAACCACAGCAACAUUCUGUCUAUAUGAAUUAGCGCAGCAUCAAGAUAUGCAAAAUAAAGUACGUGAAGAAAUUCAAACACAAAUUGAGAAACAUGGUGAUUUAACAUAUGAUGCUGUAAAUGAUAUGACUUAUCUUCAUAAAGUAAUCUCCGAAACUUUGCGGAAAUACCCACCGCUUGUUGUACUAAACCGUAUUUGUACAAAGGAAAUAAAAUUAAACGGAACAGACUUUGUCAUACCUAAGGGAACUGAUAUAGCAAUACCCGUUUUCGGUAUUCAACGAGAUUCUAACAUAUAUCCUGAUCCGGAUAAAUUUGAUCCAGAACGAUUCUCUGAAGAAAACAUAAAGACUAGACAUACUUAUACAUAUCUACCAUUUGGCGAAGGACCAAGAAUAUGCAUUGGAAUGAGAUUUGGCCUUGUACAAACAAAAUAUGCUAUAAUAAGUUCUUUAUUGAAAAAUAAAUUCAAACUUGCACCGGGUAUGUCAUCCACUUUGGACUAUGAAGAAGGAUCCCUUGUAUUAAUGGCAAAAGGAGGUAUACACUUAACUGUUGAACCGCUAAAAUGAUUAUUAAAUAUCUAAGAUAUUUACGGUAGACAUUUCUAAAUUAUUUUUACAUUUUUCUUUGUGAUUUACUUUCGAUGGAAGUAAUUCUUCAAUUAUGUAAACAUAAAAUUACACAAAUAAAUUUAUAUAAUAUGAGAAAAAGAAAUGUGAUUUUUCAAUUUUACACCAAUUUUCAUGUUACAAUAUUGUAUUAUCAUUAAUAUUGUUAAUAAAAAUAAAAACAAAGAAUAGAAUUGAAAAAUAGAUAUUUAUAUAAUAUCUAUAGAUAAAAUGUAAUAAUAAAUCAAAAAAGGAAAACGUUAUAUAAUUUGUUGAUAAGACGCGUAUGAAAAGUUCAAUUUUAUUUUAAAUUAAUCCUUUAUUUUUAGUUUUAUACAUCUUUAAGUUUAAAAAGUAAGAUAAUAAAGAACGUUACUUUUCUAAAAUUCUUAAAACUAUGGAAUAUUUUAUUUAAAAAAAAAAAACAAUUAUUUAAUGUGAUAACAUUUUAAUUAUUAACACUUUCGCGGCCGCUGACGUGAAUUCACUUUUCAAAUUCUAUACCUAUUUAUUUACAGAAGCCGAGAAUAUAAUUUCAAAAUAUUUUAUUCUUUUGCUUUUUUUCCAUAUUCUUUAAUAGAAAAACUUCUUCAUUCCAAACAACAGAUCGUUACAAGGCUAAUAUUUCAAAACAAAUUUUCUAAUUUUUGUCCCUACUUUGACGUCAGAAAUUUGUGGCAAUGAGUAUUAAGAAAGCAAAAAAAUUUGCAAAAAAAUUUCGCGAAUGUGUUGACAAUUAACAUGUUAUCGCAUUAAAUUUUCAAUAAAUUAAUAAUUUUAGUAACAUUUGUACAUAUUAGUAACAUUUACAUAUAAAUUUAUAUAUAUUUAUAUAGUAACAUUUAUACGAGUUUGA